AAAUUAGGAAAUUACAUUGACAACUUUACAGUUUGGUAUAUUUACCGUACCGCAAACCCACCACCCUCAAACUAGAUUAGUUUUCGGCCCUUCAUAAGAAAAAGUUUGGGUACCUCUGAUCUAUGGUUCUGCGUCAACGCUAUGAAACACUCCGCGGCUGUAGGUGGCAGCAUUUCAUUGUGGCUCUUCCUCCCGCACAGGAAGAAAAAUGAGCGGGAGAAUUUGUGUUGUUGUUGUGGGCCAGAUACAGUGACGGACUCUAUGCAACAUAUUAAGUUAUUUCGUGAGAUAUUAGCAUUUAAAUACUUAAUUUCCUCAGAUAUUUUGAGCAUAAAGCUAUAAUAAAUGUAAUGGUCGUACAUCAGCAUCGAGACUGUUGUUUAAACAAAGAAGAGUACAAUGUUAUCUACUAAUGGCAGUCAGCUAACAGUCAUGUUUAGAAGGAGGCGAAAAAACGGAUUAUUUACGGGUUUAUAAGCUUUACAGGCGGACAUAUAUACCUUUUAUCCAGGGCUGGACUUCACCACAAUGUCGCAGGUCAAAGCGAAAAAGAAACUGCAUUAUUACCAAGGACAUGAAAUAGCCACGUCUGAUUACAAGGUGAACGAGGUCCUUAGCCUGCGUGACAUUGACAAGCUUUUUGAUGAAAUUGAUGCUGACUCUGAUUUGGGUUUGCCUCUGCUUUCACCCUUGCCCAAAAACACUGUAAAUGGUGAAAAGAAAAGUGAAAGUUCAUCUAGUUCAGAAAUGCAGAAUGCAUCAUCUAAACAGGUUGUAGUGGAACACAAAGAAGCUUUGAUCCAAGAAAACAGCAUUGAAGAGGAUGAACAAAUGGAUAAAGAAGAGAGUCCAUUUAAAGGAAUCGCUCCCAUAAAGACUUCCAGCCCUAUUGUUUUGGAAACUGAAAGGGAUAAAACGAUGAAUGGAGUGAGGCCUGUGGCUGAUCCACUUCUAUUUGGAGUUGAGGAUGAGGAACCCAUUGGUGGAGACAUAAGUGAGGCGUCCUGCACACAACAGUCAGAAGCAGUGAAGGAAUCACUCAAUAUGGAUAGUGGGUCUCUGGCAUCACCACCGGAAAAGCUUGAGUUUAGGAAAACUACUAAACCAAAUGCUGACGCAUUAUCAAGCAUGAAGACAGCAGAAAACAAUAGAGCACCAGUGCAAGCAACCCAGUCUUCAUCUCCAGAAUUGAUGGAUGAAGAUCCAAAUCAGAUUUCUCCUGUUUUGCUUGAGGAGUGUGAAGAUAAACUUGAGGCUGAGCAAUGCCAGAACCAGGUGGCAGAGGAUUCAGUCAGAGGACUGUCUUUCCAACACAAGCUUAAAAAGGCUUUGAUGCCUAAAUCCCCAUGUUCCAGGAAACAAGCAGCCGUUUCAGCAGCUCCUCCACCUGCAGAUUUAGAGGAGGACUUCAUGAUCCUGGAUGAUGAGGCUCCUGUACUUUUUAUCAUUCCUCGGAAGGCAGAUGGCAGCAAAAAUAAAAGACCUGUCCCAGCAGACAUUAUGAAGGAGAACUUGCUUACUGAGCCACUUUCAGCAGAUCAGCUCUCACAGAGUGAAGCUCAUCCUGCCAGUCGGCAUGGGGCGGAUGCUAAAAAAAAACAAGUGCAAGUUGAGUCUGCUAAACAAAAACUGAAAGGAAAACGUGGAAAGGCUUCAAAAAAGGCUGCCAAAGACUCCGUGUCUGAUGUCGCUGUAGAAGAUGGAGCAGAUACUGUAACUGAAACACUGGAGGAAAGGGUCUGUGAUCAAGCAUCAACUCAAAAUGUACAGCAACACAAAGCAGUGCCAGCAGGAAUGAGACGUAGAAAUAGCAAGCCACCUGAGCCUGCUGAACUUACUAAAAAAAAUGGUCAAACUGAAACCGGUGGCAGCAAAGAAAUCCCAGUUGCGGAGUCUAGAACUACAAAGAAAUCCACACAAUCAUCUAACCAGGGGAGACAAAGGUCAAAAGCAAAGAAGGAAUCCAAUAAAGUCAAUGUUGUAGCAGAUCUACACACUGCUAACUCAGUGAAAUCUAGUAAAAAUCGCAAGAACAGCAAAAAGGAGGACAGUGUCUCUAAGACAAAGAAACAAAGUUCUAAACAACAAAUAGUGUUGGUGCAUCCUUCCUGUGAGGAGCAAGAGCAUGAACCUUCACCUGCCAUCAGCGAGCAAGAGGAAGAACAAAGAACAGUUCUGAAUAAACAAUCUCCAGUCAAAAAGCAGAAGAGAAAAGAAACAAAAACAGUGGAACCGAAACCAAAGGAUCCACCACCAAUUUUAUCAGACAUCUCUUCAGACAGUCCUUUGUGUGUAAAGAGGAAGAGAAAUCCUCCAGGACAAUGGUGGCUCACCAGCCCAAAUGAAAGUACCACAGAUCUUCAGCCAAAGCAUGUGACGUGUACAACACAAAGGCCAAAAGCCAGCACAAAAACAGCAACAAACAAAACACCUGCUGUUGAUUCAGAUGAAACACCGUCUUUCAGGCCUGUCCAGGAGAACAAAAAGAAACAGAAGCGUUGCAAUGUGUCGGACAGUACUGAAAAGGUAAUAGCAGGUGCCAAUGGACGCGAUGUUGGAGCUGAGAAAAAGACACCCAAGAAAAAAGGUGGUCAGAGGAAACAAAAACCAACAGCCGCUCCACUGACAACCUCAAGUCAGGAAGUGGGAUCUGGUCUGAAUGACAAUGCUCUGGAAAAUAGUCCAGAAUGGUGUAGUCCUCGCAGGCAACACAGCGUUCUAGCAGGUGAGAAGAGAGUGUUUGACUCUGUCUACUCGCGAGACACUGGAUCUGCAAAGAAACGGCUUUCAUCUUCUUUUAGAAUGCCGGAGGUUUCUGAACCAGACAAUAAUCCACAGAAAAGACAAAGAAAAGCUCCUUCCAAUUGGUGGGAGACACCACAGUCUCAAGAAACAGCCAAUGAGCUUCCACCACCAUGCAGUCCCCCUCCACAAAAGUCCCAACACAGUCCAAACAAAAUAUCAAACAUUCCUAAAAAGAAAGGAAAUUCAGCAAAAUCACAAAAAACAAAGAAUCAUGCCAAGAACAUAAAACGAAAGAUCGUCAACACACCAAAAUCAAUCAAACGCUCUUUAGCCUCAAUGAAUGCCAUUUUUGCUUCUGCUAAAAAUAAAAGCAUGGUCAAAAGUGGACAAAGGCACAGAAAGCUCGGUCGCAGAAACCUCCUUCACUCUCUUGAGGACCAGUCGGAUCACUCGAGUGAGACUAUGGCCCACACUGAUGAUCAGAUGCAGGGAAUGAGCCACAUGUCCUUGGGCUUCACCAGUGGUGUUACUGUGCAGCCAUCAGCAACCACAAAUAAAACCAGUGUCCGGGUUUCCAGUGGUUGUAACAGAUUAUCUGAUGUUGACAUUGAUUUCAGAAGUGGGCCAUCUUCAAUGGUUGAGCUUCAGCAACACGAUGAGGAGGAUGAUGAUGAUGAUGAUGUUGAUUUGCCUUCAUCUAGAAUGACUCAUGUGCGACAGACUGCACGGGUGUUGGCACGCUGUGAUGUCUGUGGCCCUCCAUUGCAGCCUGUUGUGCUAGAAGAUGAGGAUUGGAACAACCUCCAUGCGUGGUUUGCUCACCUGUGGCCCCCAGCUUCUAAAAAUGGACAAGUUAUUAGUCCUGAUGACUUCCACUGGCACUCCCAUGGAGGCAGAGCGAUGGGUCACAUGGUUGAUCUCCAAAGCCGAUCAUUCUCACACGGAAAGAUUCUGCUGGGGUCUUUCAUGAAGAAACCUCCACAGGUGGACCUUGAUACGGUUUCGGUGUUCAGCGUUAUCUCAAGUUGUGUGCGUGUUGAGAUUGAAGGUGUAAAAUCAGUCUUCAAUUCUGGACAGGUGUUUAUGAUACCCUCUGGACAAAUGUAUUGCAUCCACAACCUCUGUCAGGAACCAGCAGUGCUGAUUUACCACAGGACACAGUCUGAUGAUACAUAGAGUGGAUGGACGCAAUGUGACUUCAAUUUCUUGCAAAUAUUCAGUGGUAACAUUUAAGAAAAAGAAAAAAAGAAAAAAGGUAGAAUUGUAGAUGAUUUGUUUUUUUCAAAUCAUACAAAAAAAUUGCCUGGGAAAGCUUCAAAAUUGUAGAAUUUUUUUGAUAUGUAAAUAGCUUAAAGCUAAUUUUCAUCCUUAAAAAAACUGAUUUUAUGACGCAGUGUGAAAUGCUUUUCAAACCUGUCUGCUUAUUAAUAUUUGUGUACAUUUCUGUCUUGAUUUCCCCCCUGUCCCCCUACCGAGAAUGAAACCCUAUGUUUUUCCACAACAAAUGUGUUGGCUUGACAGCAGGGGUCAGUAGAUCCUUUGCUAUACUCUAUUAUUGCGCUUGUCCAACUUUAUCUAGUUUUUAUAGUCCUAUGUAGUGCUGUUUAUUUGAGGUAAAGGUGAAAACAUAAUUUCUCCUUUAGUUUUUUUUUAAAUAACAUUCCUCUGCAUUUGUAAUUUUGAUGUAAAUCUUUUUCUACCCUGUUUUGGAAAAGUAUUUAUGCAUAGAUCUGUAAAUGUUUUUGAGUUUUGCUGUUUAAAGCUUGCAUUUUCAUUUACAUUUCAUCAGUUUUCCUUUUUUAUAAGCGUAUUGAAAUGUUUUUGUGAACUAAGCAAAUUACUGAGAGAUAAUACAUUUCCAUUUUUGCUGGAAUUACAUACUUUCAUCUUCAUCUCUGUCACUGUACCAAGAUUUAAAAUAAGUGUGACAUUG